UAGACUAAUGAGUACACCUGUUCAUACCAUAUAAGUACACGAGGGGCGAAGUGCCCACUGCCAGUACAGCGGACUCGUCCCCCACGUUGCCGACGUCCCCCACUUUGCCGACGUAGCGUGACGUUUGCAGUUUUCCUCUUUUCUCGUGGUCAGGGUAUACGCUGGUGAAGGUUUGGACGUGACUGUUAUUUGUGUGUUGUUUCUUUCUGGUUUUCGGUGAGAGCUUCAAUGCAGUGGGGGUUGGUGUUUAUAGAAGUAGACAAGUUUCCAGGGGCGUUUUCUUUUCUUUUUUCUUUUUUUGGUUACCGUAUUGUGAGACGGCUCUCCUAUCAUGCCUGUGGUUUUUCUCCCGGCGUGGAGGUUGGCAAACUCCGGUGCGGUUUUUUUUAGGCUGUUGUUUUCUGUUUGACAUGCUGGUUGCCGGGUGUAAGUUACUAACGCCGUUCUGUAUGUUAGCAUGUCACAGGUACCAGCGCCACAGCCGGGAGCCCCGCAGCCGAGAUUAGGCGUGGGGGCGAGAACGGCAGCUCAGCCGCAGCCAGGAGUCCAGCAAGGACCCGCACAGCCUGGAGGGGUCCAGCAGGCACCCGCACAGCCUGGAGGGGUCCAGCAGGCACCCGCACAGCCUGGAGGGGUCCAGCAGGCACCCGCGCAGCCUGGAGGGGUUCAGCAGGCACCCGCACAGCCUGGAGGGGUUCAGCAGGGACCCGCACAGCCUGGAGGGGUCCAGCAGGCACCCGCGCAGCCUGGAGGGGUUCAGCAGGGACCCGCACAGCCUGGAGGGGUCCAGCAGGCACCCGCACAGCCUGGAGGAGUACAGCAGGGACCCGCACAGCCUCCCCUGCAGGGCGGUUUGCAGCCGCAGGCAGGACCACAGGCCGGCUUCCAAGGCGCUCUGGCCCCGGCAGGACCGCAGGACGUAGCGGACCUCCGAAGGGAGGUAAGCGAGAUGCGGGGUCUGAUGUCGCAAUUGCAGCAGGGCCGCACUGUGGAGGAUGUCCGAAGUGAGCUAGUCUACUACGCGGGGAGGCCACAGGCUGCCUUCGACCCUCACAGGGCCAUGGGCCUCAUGGAGACGUUGGUGCAACAGGCUAGGAGGGAGGCGCACCCGAAAGCGAAUGAGUUUCGGAUCAUUGUCGAGCGUGCAUCGGUGCAUCGCGACGAGUGGUUCUUUCCUGGACUCAUUCUAAAUCAGUUCGGCUCUGGAGAGGAGAAGAAAGUGGGCAAAGAUAUUGACUCGUUUGUAAACUUACAGAACAAGGUCCGCGGCGGUGGUGGUCGCGGCUACGUACCCACGUCAUCAGCAAGGGGCCGCAGCUUCGGUGGGCGUCGCCAGACCCCGUACUACAACCCAACCCCGAGGCGAGGGAGGGGAAGAGGACGGCCGGGGCCUCAGCCCGAUGACGCGUGUUUCAACUGCGGUAAACAAGGACACUGGGUUCGGGGUUGCCCCGAAACCCCAAGGAAAUAGGGAAGAUCAAAAAUCUUCUCGUGAAGUUGGGAGCCUGAGUAACCGAGGGGAAUACAGAUGUGCGUAUAACGUUUUGAAGUGUCAGGGCUCUUGUCCCAGUAUUGGGCAGCUGUAGUACACUAUAAUUCGUUUUUGUUCUUUUCGUUUCUAGUUUGAUUCUCAGCCGAUAAUUGAGUAUGGUUGAGCCAUAAGCGUGUGUAGUGCGCAUGGGCCUGCGUGCCCGUUCCGUUUGUUAUUUUGACGAGACAAUUAUCUAGUGAGCGAUGUCAGAGACUAUAGAUAUUUACAUAGGAUCGGAAGAACGCAAAUGUAACCUAGAAGGAUAGAAGUGUGUGCAUAAGGACUGAAGUGUCAGGGUGAUGUGAUGUUAUAUUCAGAUCCUGUCCCAGUGUUUGACACCAGUAGCGCGCUAUGAUUCUUUUGUUGUUUUCUGUGAUCGUCGCUUCUCAGCCGAUAAUUGAGUAAUUUGAGUCGUAAGCGUUUGUAGUGCGCAUGGACCUGCGUGUCCAAGAAUUACGUUUUCUCAACCCGAUGUGUCAAUUCUGUAAGGAUCAAUACUGUAAUUCCUGGUUUUUUUUUCAAUGUACGUUUAUGUUCAGGGUUUCACGGUGACAACUGUAAAGUGAGCUUAUUAUUGCUGAUAACAAUUGAUUGGACUUAGUGACAAUAACAAAUGAUCCAUUCACUGUGAACAUUUAGUUCCGAGAACAAGUUAAUUUUUCUCAGACGGUGAAAGUGUGGUACCGAGAAGACAAAGUGAAUUACAGUAUAACAGUUUAUGGCUAGUAAACGGGCAGGAUCAGUUUUUGUUUUGUUUUUUGUUUUUCAAAGAGUGAAGAAUAAAACUUCGAACUGGCAUCGUUUCUCUUGAGUCGUGCCUAGCAUUAAGGGGGAGGUUUUAUUAGGGGCAGUAACUGGGCAAUCUAGCCUGACCGUCACAGUUACAUUUCUUUACGUGUUUUACAUAUUUCGCUGGGGAGGUAGAUAUGA